AUGAGAAUUGAAAAGUGCUAUUUCUGCUCGGUCAGUGUAUACCCCGGUAAAGGUACUGCAUUCGUUAGAAAUGAUGCGAAAGUAUUCCGGUUUUGCUCCUCGAAAUGCAACAAAAAUUUCAAAAUGAAGAGGAAUCCUCGUAAACUCAGAUGGACGAAAGUAUUUAGAAGGGCGGCCGGGAAAGAAAUGACCGUUGACUCCACAUUCGAAUUCGAAAAACGGCGAAAUGCCCCAAUUAGAUACAAUCGUGAACUGUUCCAGAAGACGAUGAAAGCGAUGACUCGCAUCGCAGAGAUCAAGUCUCGAAGAGCGCAUGUCUUCUGGAAGCAUCGCAUGAUGGCCGCUCGCGAGAAAGUGCGUGAAGCACACAGGAAGAAGAAACUCGCCAAGGCCGAGAAAGAGAAAGCAUACGUUGCGUCAACUGAACUUGUCGAGCCGAUUGCCAAAAUGGAUAUUGUCAAGGAGAAGAUCAAGGUGCCAGUCAAAGCGAGUCGAAAGAGUGCAUUACGUCCUGGCGAAGGGAAAUCUAUGGGCAUGGACCUUGAUUGAUAUCUUUGCAAUUCUCCAUCCUACAUUAAGCGGCCAUUGUCGUUCGUCACUUAUCAACUCACGUAUAUAUUUGGGCCUUGUAGCUUAAUCCUGUAAACAUGUCCACUGGUGCACUGAUAUGUGCACGCUGGAGUAUACUAAUCAUUUUUGCAC